AUGAGGAGGAUUCUCCUGCCUCUCCUGGCCCUCACCACGAUCCGGCCCAUGCACACCAUAGAAAACAGAUGCAGUGAGAUCUGUGGCCGGCGGCCCCUGGCCCCCUCGCACAGCAGCCCCUUCCCCAUCGUCGGAGGGGUCAACACCUUGCCCGGGGCCUGGCCCUGGAUGGUCAGCAUCCGGAAACCGUCCAAGGAGGGCUACCGGCACACCUGCGGAGGCUCCCUCAUCGGGGCCACCUGGGUGCUCACGGCUGCGCACUGCUUCAAGGACAAGAGGCACCUCAGCAACUGGGAGCUGGUCCUGGGUGCCACAGAGCUCUCCCACCCGGGUCCCGAUGCCGAGGUGCGCUUCCCCCGGCGAGUGGUGGAGCACGCCGAGUACCAGCCGCAGCACCAGCACAACGACCUGGCCUUGAUCGAGCUGGACGAGCCCGUCCUCUGCAACGACUACAUCCAGAUGGCCUGCCUGCCGGACACCUCGGUCAACGUCUCCACCAUGGGCCACUGCUACAUCGCGGGCUGGGGCUACACCCAAGAGAAAUCCAGCUCUCCAUCCGAUAUCUUGAAGGAGGCCAAGGUGGACCUCAUUUCCUUAGAGAAAUGCAACAGCACCAACUGGUACCACGGAAACAUCACUGACAAAAGCCUGUGCGCUGGAUACGAGGGAGGUGGUGUCGACACGUGCCAGGGUGACAGCGGUGGGCCUCUCUUGUGCCGCGAAGCCCGCUCCGAGCGCUACUGGGUGGUUGGCGUCACCAGCUGGGGUCAGGGCUGUGCUAGAGCCCAGAAGCCCGGCGUCUACACUUCCACGCAGCACUUCUACGACUGGAUCCAGGGCUACAUCAAAAACGAGGAGGACUCCGGGCUCCAGACUUUACCACCAUCACCAUCAGAAGAGACCCCAGCCCAACUGGAAGCGACCCCCGAAACAGAGACGGUGCCCACUCCAUUUAUCCAGUCCCAAACUGCUUAUGGGCAGAUAAUUAUGAAUGAUGAGAGCGCAAUGCAAAUCAAAACCAGCCCAGAGACGACGACAACGACGACGACGACGACUACGAGUACAACUACGACGACAACAACAACAACAACGCAAACACCGGAGGAAACCACAUCCCAACCCCCCACGACGACAUCCCAACCACAGCCCCCUCCCAUGAAGCCCCCCUCAGUGUUUAAAGCAAUCCAUUUGUUGCCACCAGAGAACCAGUCGCAGGAGGAAGUCCAGUCCAAAGAAAAGGAGGAGGUCACAGCUGUGUUGGUCUCUACAACGGUGACCACAAAGGCGACCCCUUCCACCACCCGGUCCCAGGCCCCACCGCCCAAGCCCCCUCGGCGCAAGGAGAUGAUUGUGUCCAGUGCCCAGUAUGGCAGCAGCAAGUGGGGCAUCAAGUGGCCCAAGUAUUGGCCGAGCAACAGGCAGGCCAAUUCCCAAAACUAG